UUUCCGGUGUCAUGGCAGCCUCCUAUUGAUUCCGCGUGUCAGACUUCUACUAAGAUGGCAGAGGUGGUGCAAGACAAAGGACAUGGCUUGAGGUUUGCUGAAAAGCAACUUAAGCGUCACGGGUGGAAACACGGCAAAGGACUGGGGCGCGAGGAGAACGGCAUAGCGGAAGCCAUCAAGGUGAAAGUGAAAUGUGACAAGGGAGGGGUCGGCCACAAGGAAGGAGAGCAGUUCACCUUCCACUGGUGGGAUCACGUCUUCAACAAGGCCUCGUCCAGCCUGCAAGUGGAGUCUGAUCGGGAUGGCAUCGUGUUGAAGAAGACAUCAGAGGACGGGGAAGAAGUCGGCAUGAUUUCAAACAAGAAACCCCGCCAGGCCACACUGGCAAAAGCCAAACUCUAUGGAUGCUUUGUCAAGUCGGCCACACUGCUGUCGGGUCAGGAGCGGCCGGAGGUCAAGUCUUCAAAGUCCAGCGAUGGCAGCAGCAGCUCAGACGAGGACGACGAGCAGAAGCUGGAUCUGUCCAGCACCACACAGCUGUCUGACUGUGAGCUCAUGAAGGCUUGUGGAGGACGCACUGCUCACAAAGGCGCCAGACACGGUUUGACCAUGAGCGCUAAGCUAGCCAGGCUGGAGCAGCAGGAGGCAGAGUUCAUGGCCAAGUACGGCAAGAAGACCAUAGAGGAGAGGCCAAACCACGUGGUCGAGGAGCCUCAGAGCAAGAAGAAAAAAAAGAAGUCGUCCAAGGAGAAGACCGAAGCAAUAAAUGGCCAGGAGGCGUCGGAAACGCCCAACGUUCAACUCAAAAAGAAGAAAAAGAAAAAGGAGGCAAGCACAGAGAAAAGGACCGACUGCUGCGCUGAGGACAAGAAGGAGGAAGUCUCCUGUGUAGAACACAGCGACACACAAACACAGAGGAAACAGAAGAGGAAGAAGAAGAAAAACGGAGAGUUUAAAAGUGCAGAAAGAAGCACAGGGCAGGAGAAGGAGGAGGAGAGACUGCAGAGUCAACCUGCAGAAGAAGAGCAGCCGCUGAAGAAAAACAAAAAGAGCAAAAAGGAGAAAAGAUGUUUGGACUCAAACAUCAGCGAGCAGACACCUCCACCAAAGAAGAAAAAGUCCAAAGAGUACCGUAGCUAAAAGAGUAGCGUAGCUCCUGAAGUGUUCUGUUGUGACUGAGGACAAAAGUCCAGAGACUCGACUCUUUAGGACCUGAUCGUGUCCAUCACAUCCAAUCAUCUGCAUCACUCUGAAACAACAACCUGCACUCGAUGUUCCGACAUGGAAACCGUCGAGCGAGAUGCUGGACAGAAACCUUGUGAUGAUCCUCACAGACAAAGAAACAAACGUCCUUUGUGACCACACUUUGACUUCACACUCUGCUGCCAUUUUAAACACCAAGGCUUCACACAAAAAGCCCGUCUCAUUUCUAAAUUUAAAAAAGGUUACUUAACGAGCUGCAUCGCAAACCCUGCCAUUUCACUCAAGGACUCGUUCACCCAACAGUUCCUCCUCAUCCUCUAGUGAGCCUCACUGGCCACUAUCAUCAGCGCAUUGGAGGAGCAAUCGCAUCAAUGAAUUGACUUUUCUUUUGUCAGCAUGUCAUGCUUUUGACUAGGAUGUCCCGAUCCCAUCCUCGGUAUUUGGAAGAUCGGAUAAUAUCUGCGUCCGUCAUUUUUUCCCAAUUUGAGCAUUUAUUGGAUUUAGGACCUGACCCCCUGCUGUGUAGUAAAGUCAAUUCAGCAAUACUUUGGUUGCUUUGAAGAGCUAUUUUCAUAACCACAUUCAAUUCCACAAAUUCAUGUUCGUAACAAAAGCGUAUCUUUUUUUUUUUUUUUUUUAAUGAUCGGGAUAGGAAGCAAAAACGUGGAUCGGGACAUCCUUACUUUUGACUUGAUGUAUUAUUUCCAGUCUUUCUAAUCAUUUCUAUUUUUAAAAAAAAAAAAAAAACAACUGUCCUUCCAAAACCCUCCAUGAAGAACGGCAGAGGGACCAUUGUCCUGGUUCUCCCAAACAGAACAAGAUGAUGACACUGUUUUUUUUUAAUUUGUCCCAGAGAAUCGGGAUCAGUUCGAGUCAUGCAGCCCGACUGAACACGCAUGCAAUAAAAUCAACUUUGCAGUACAGUUCUCCUGGAGGUGGUGCCAGAGCCUGUAGGCUGCAGAAGGUUGAAGUCCAGGAACAAAUGUGUUCCUCUGGUAAUUGGGAUCAUGAUUGCUAAAAGGACCUCAGAACUGCACAGCAGAUUAUUUUCACAAAAGAACUGUCUGUUUUUUGCGUAAUGACUGAUCUACCUUUUAAUAAUGACCAAGCUGGCAACCACAGCAUCUCUUGGCUACAUAGUGGACUUGGAUUGCUGUAAGGUCUUAAUCAUCUUCAUUGUGCCCGAUUUUGCCUUUUGGUCAACGAUCCAUGCGUUUUAUUACGGAUAUAUUGAGACAUGAAAAAUACGUGAUGUCCUUAUUUCACUGAUAAGUUAGCAUUUGUGCUCCAAAUGCUAGCCAAUCACCAUCUUCAUUCACUACAGAUUACAGAGGUGUCCAAAGUGUGGCCCGCAGUUUGUUUUUAACGGCCCUUGGCACAGUCAACAAAUUACCGUAUUUUCCAGACUACAAGUCGCACCAGCCAUAAAUGCUCAAUGAAGAAGAAAAAACCAUGUUGCACUGGACUGGGGGGGAAUUAAUUUGACAAAAUCAGGGACCAAGAACAGACAUUUCAUCUUAAAAAGGCUAAUUAUAGUAACAAAAUGGAGAACAACAGGCUAAAUAGGUGUCUGUUAACGUAACACUAACAUUUACUCAGAUCACUCGAGCCUAAACUAGUUUACUUGCAGCUUGUAAUCUGCAGAAUAUGAUUUUCUUUUUGGGGGCGUUUGUCUUCAGCCUUUCAGUUGUCUUUAUAAGUUGAUGUUUACAUUGUACAUUUUCAGUGGCACAGGAGUGAUGGGACUAGCAGAUACUGGCACACAAGCCUAGAGCGCCCUCUCGUGGCUGUCGGUGUGGAAAAAAACAAAACAUAUAAGUCGCAGCACCAGCCAAAACAUGAAAAAAAGUGCGAUUUGCAGUCCGGAAAAUACGGGAAAUAAGGCCAGCGUUAGAAGAUUACAUAGAUAACAAUGAAAGAUUUCGAUGACGAUGGCCCAAAUCCGCCCAAGAAUAGCAGACCUGUGUAUCUUACAGUACAGGUGUAUUGGAAGCCCAAAAAAUGUAUAUUUUUGCCAGCAUACAUAUCCUUGCAAGAUUUGCUAAGUUUUAGAGUAUGUUAAAGCCCUUUAAAAAGCCAAUUAUAUUGCAAAAAUAACAAUUGGAUUGAUUGGAGCGUGUAUUGAAUGUGAAGCCAAUCAAAGUGGCUCCCACGUCCUUCCAGUGGAAAAGGUUUGGACACCCCCUUGAAUAAAGCAUGGACUGAUUCUUUUUUUGAAAUUUUACCCACAGUAUGGCUUGUCAGCAUUAUAACGUUUUAACCUGGAAGACCGAGGACAUGUAGAGUGAUAUGAUUACACAAAUUAAAAGUCUAAACUUGUCAA